CUCCUGAUUCAGCCAGUUGUGUGUGUGUGUAAAACUCACAGCAAGUGAACUUACGAUUUUCGUUGUUUUUAUUAUUAUCGUCUGGGAGAUUUGUAGCUUGAGGCUUCAUUGCUUACCUCCCCGACUAUUUGAGUGCCAUUUCGGUAACAUCAAACCGUAAUUACCACAUUGUGUAUAAGCGAUAGUUAACUGUAUUAGCCUUAGAUAACCGCGUGAUAACUGAAAUGUACAAUCUUGUUUGGUCAGUAUAAUUACGCAUUAAAUAGUGGAAGGUUCAACGUCAACGUUGAACAAUCAUCAUCCGCGCUGUCCGCGCUGUACACUGUACACCAGCCAGAAGAUCGAACAAUGCAGAACCUCUCAACACACAUCCUCGACACGACAUGUGGCCAACCAGCAACAGAAGUGCCUGUGACGCUUUACAGACAAGGAUCACUGGAAGCUACAACCUGGACGAAGAUUGGUUCCGGCUCUACUGACACCGACGGGCGGUUCCGACAAUUCUUCGAUACUCAGCAGACUGGUGGCCUACAGCGUGGGGUUUACAAACUGCAUUUUGAAAUUGACAGUUACUUCCGCUACCGGAAGGUCGAGUCAUUUUACCCGUUCAUUGAGAUCGUAUUCGCGGUUACCAACGAAGCCCAGCACUACCACAUACCGCUGCUACUGAAUCCAUUUGGCUACACUACCUACCGUGGAUCUUGAGUUCUUUUGCCACACUCCUGCCAUUCUGUCAUGCCUUAGCGUCAGCUUCAAGCCUAUCCCUAAUGGGCGUACCUUGCACUACUUUUUUCCAUCGUGUAUUUAAUUGCCGAGGGUGCACAAUAAAUAAAAAAAGGCGUGACAAAAUUACUUUUAU